GGGAAGUUUAUUGAAGUCCAAACUAAAUGAGAAGUCCUGGAACAUGAUCUUGGAAAGUGAGUGGUGGGAACAUGAAUAUGUUUUAGAUAAUAUCCUUCCAUCUCUGGCUUUAAGUUAUGAACACUUGAAUGCAAAUCUAAAGCAAUGCUUCGCUUACUGCUCCAUAUUUCCCAAGAGCUAUGUUUUCGAAAAAGAUCGAUUAGUCCAGAUGUGGAUGGCUCAAGGUUUUAUCCAGAACAAGAAUGGGUUAAGAAUGAGAAUGGAGGACAUCGGAAGUCAGAUAUUUGACGAAUUAAGCAGCAGGUACUUCUUUCUACCGACUCAGAAUAACAAAUAUGAGAUGCACGAUCUGAUAAGAGAAUUGGCAGUUUGUGUUUCAUUGGAUGAAUGUUUGGUCAUUAGUGAUGACAAGGGAGAAAUUCCAGAGACAAUUCGCCACUUGACUCUGAGGACAGAUAACUUGGAUGCAUUCAUGGGCAUGCGAAAACUUCGAAACCUACGGUCCAUUUUAUUCUUUGGUGUUUAUGAUUCUGAAAAAUUUUACCAUUUUCUUGACGGCAUGUUAAAACAAUCGAAAAGUUUGCGUGUUUUGGAUUUAUCUCACUUAAACAUGAAGCUGAAGAAGCUACCGGAUGCUAUUGGCGGGUUAUUACAUCUACGGUACUUAGAUGUCUCCUGCAUUCGGAUCGAACAGCUGCCCAAAUCAAUCUGUUGGCUAUCCCAUCUGCAAGUUUUGCACGUGCCAUCUCGCUUUUGGUUACCAGAAGACAUGAACAGAUUAAUCAACUUACGUCAUUUAUACGGAGACGCGUGCACAAUUUCUCGAAUUGCUGGGAUUGGAGAUCUUACCAAUCUUCAAGAAUUAGAGGAAUUCCGAGUCAUGAAGAGGAGGCGACGUGAGAUUGGAGAGUUGAAGGGCUUGAGAAAUCUUCGUAGACAGCUUUCGAUCAAGAAUCUUGAGAAUGUCAGUAGUAAGGAGGAGGCCAUGGAGGCCAUGUUGAAAGACAAAGAACACCUAACUGCACUACAUUUAGAAACGACUUUUGGCGCAGAAUGUCCUCCUGAUGCCGCGAAGGAGAUAUUUGAAGGCCUCCAACCACAUCCCAGUCUUGAAGAGCUGAAGAUCAAGCGCUAUGGAGGUAUCAUAUUUCCAACUUGGAUGGUGGAAAAUAAGUUUCUAACCAAUCUAGAAUCGAUUUGUCUAGAAUGUUGCGACAGGUUGAAGAGUCUCCCGCCACUAGGGCAGCUGCCGUUCCUCAAGUAUCUUCGGAUUGCAAACAUGCCUGCCGUAAAACGAAUUGAUCGUGAAUUUUAUGGCGACACUGCCGUGGCAUUUCCGUCCCUGGAGUCACUAGAAUUUACUGACCUCCAUGAAUGGGAGGAGUGGUUGGAAGCAGAUGGCGCACAAUUUUUACCUCGCCUCCAUAGACUCCACCUCCGUAACUGCUUCCAGCUAAGGAAAGUACCCCUCCGCUUCCUGUCCUCAUCGCUUGCAGAGCUCAGUAUCCAAGACUGUUGUGACUUCGGCAGUGCACCGUCCGGAUGUCUGGAAAGUCUCACCUCUCUCACCACUCUAAGGAUCGCUUGCUACCGCUGCCAAGAAUCUCGUUGUUUAUCAUAUUUGCGUGCUCUCCAGCAUUUGCGCCUCGACCAUUGGCCACAGAUGAAGUUAGUUGGGGAGUUGCAGAACCUUACUGCUCUUAAAAUACUACACCUUAGAAAAUGUGGGUCUCUUUGUUUAUCAAAUUUGCGUGCUCUCAAGCAUUUGCACCUUGAGGAUUGCCCAGAAAUGAAGUUGGUUGGGGGGUUACAGUCCCUUACUGCUCUUGAAAUACUACACCUUAGAAAAUGUUCUGCGCAAGAAUCUCUUUGUUUAUCAAAUUUGCGUGCUCUCAAGCAUUUGCACCUUGACGAUUGCCCAGAAAUGAAGUUGGUUGGGGGGUUACAGUUCCAUACUGCUCUUGAAAUACUACACCUUAGAAAAUGUUCUGCGCAAGAAUCUCUUUGUUUAUCAAAUUUGCGUGCUCUCAAGCAUUUGCACCUUGAGGAUUGCCGAAAGAUUAAGUUAGUUGGGGGGUUACAGUACCUUACUGCUCUUGAAAUACUACACCUUAGAAAAUGUUCUGCGCAAGAAUCUCUUUGUUUAUCAAAUUUGCGUGCUCUCAAGCAUUUGCACCUUGAGGAUUGCCCAGAAAUGAAGUUGGUUGGGGGGUUACAGUUCCUUACUGCUCUUGAAAUACUGCACCUUAGGAAGUGUCCAAAGCUCCUCGAGUCCUUGGAACCUUCGCAGCUCCACGAGGGGCACGGACCGCGAACUCUCAAUCGUCUUUACAUGGACAGCACGAUCCUACUUCAAAAUCUGUGGAUUCUGUUGGGAAGCCUCCCCUCAUUGAAGUGUUUGGGUAUUCAUUCUUUUUAUGAUAUAACUAACUUUACAGGGGAGCAGGAGCUGUGGUUCCAGCAACUAACAUCCCUUCAAGAGCUGGAGAUUUCUGGGUUCCUAAACCUUGAAAGCCUACCUACUUCUUUGGUAAAUUUCUCCUUUAUCAGGAGGCUGACUAUAUUCUACUGCCACAAAAUUAGCCUCCAAAGCCUUCAAGAGAAUGAGUUGCCUGCUUCGCUCGAAGAAUUACGGAUCAGGGGAUGCGCUUGCCUGACGGAACGAUGCCGAAGAGAAGGAGCUGAUUGGCCAAAGAUUGCUCACAUACCUUUCAUAUGUCUUGAUGACGAAAUCAUACAACAACCGUGAAAAGAGAAUUUGAUGCGACUCCUACAUCCAUUCUUCAGGCAGAAAGGAGGAAGUGAGAGAACCUGCGAUCAUCAAUUGAUUCCAAGCUCUUCUGAUUGUAGAUUGAAUUUUAUUGAUUCUCCAAGUAGUCCAAAAAGAUUGAAGGUAUGAUGCAAUCAAGUGACUUCGCAAGGGCAUUGCAUCAAGUUAUGGUACUGCACUCCACAUCGAGUUUAUGCAUGAUUCAGAGCUGCUUAUCACAGCAGACUGAUGUUUGGCCAGGACAUGUGGAAGAUCUUGGCUUAAUGUUCUCUGGUGUGGAAGGACAUAGUCAAAUCUCUGGAACUGUUCUGGGCCUCUUCGGCUUUUUGUUUUGCAAAUGUGGCAAGCAGAUAUACAAAGAUUUUUAAUUCUCAAAUGAAGCAUGUCUCUACACACCAUAAGGUCAAGUUCUGUAACUAGGCACUUCUUGAAUAAGAGAUGUGGUGGUCUGUAACCAAGCAAUCUUCAAAAGCCACUGUUGCUGCCAAAGUGUUGAACAUCUUCAAUGACUGGUCUUUGUUAUGCAAUGACAAAGUCUUGUCAGCUUUCAGUGGAGUUUGGAUGAAUGUAUACAGAGGAAUGCCUGAUAGCUGAAUGUUUACUGUUGGAUGAAUUCCGAUUGGAUGGAGGUUGAUUCGAUCCCAUUCAUUGAAUAUUAUUCAUGCUUUUAGUGCAUCUUUUACUUUCUUUUUUCUUUUAAUCACUUAGCAAUAUUAGUCUUCUUACUUGAGUUAUGAAAAAGAACCAAGGCGUUCCUUUCAUCCAUCCAAAUCAAGGUCGAUCAAGAAAGGAAUAUUAGAAUGUGAAAACAGGUGCAAUACUCUUUUUUGUAGAAUAGGUCUGAGAAUAAUUGGUUUUUAAAUUUUGAUUCGAGCAUUAUUUUUCCUUAAAAGAAAUGGACUUGGUAUAUUAUUGACUUUCAAGCAAGAUGGUCGAACACUUGUAAUGUUGCAUGAGGUUGAUUAUAUGUAUUGUCUUGUGAUAUGUCAAGGUUUGUGUUUUGAAAGGGGAGAAAAUAAGAGCUAAGGACAUGUGAUUUUUAUGAUAGAUUUUGUUGUUCCAGUAAAACCAUAAGAUUGCUGGGUCAUAGAUUAGUAUUCAUUGUGGUGUUCUUCUAUAUAAAAAAUUAUGAGUAUAAGACUGUAUGGUCAUAAAGUAG